AUGAAAGACCAACAAGAAAACAAUUCUCAUUUUCUCAAUUUCAGUAACCCAAACAACCCAUACCGAGUUGACAGUGGAGAUAAUACCACUAUCACACUCAUCAUUGAUCUUCUUACAUCAGAAAAUUAUGUGAUUUGGUCCCUAGCUAUGCGAUGGGCUCUUAGAGCAAGGAAUAAACUGGGGUUCAUCAAUGGAACCCUUAUCAGACUUGCUUCAUCUGAGGAUCCUCUGUUUAAUGCAUGUGACCGAUGCAAUGAUAUGGUUGGUACUUGGAUUCAGAACUCCAUCAGUGCUAUAGUGAAAUCAAGUGUGGCUUUUGUAGAGAAUGCUCAAGAUAUUUGGGAUGAACUUAGGGAUCACUUCACUCAGCAAAAUGGUCCUAGAAUAUUUCAACUGAAGAUGAGCUUGGCAAGCCUUCAACAAGAGCAAGAUCCUGUGAACAUAUACUAUGGUAAGCUCAAAACCCUAUAG